AUAAAUAGAAGUGAAAUGAAGUUACAUAAAACUCAUGUAUUACCUGCAAAAGCUACAUGAAGGAUGUGUGAGAUGUUUAUACCUUUUUUUAGCAUGAUGUUUUAUAUAUCCUUCCGACCACCUUUAUUACUUAUUGUAAAAAGUAGUAAUUAUCAUUAGGAAUGACUCUAAAUUUAUUAAAUUAUUUGUUAAAUAAACGUUAAAGUAAAAUUUUUCCACACGAUGGCAAACUCAAAUCUUCUCCAAACUAAUAUUACUCCUCUUCAACAAAUGAUCUCAUCAUGCUCCGGUGCAUUACUAACUUCAGUAUUUGUUACUCCAUUGGAUGUUGUAAAAACUCGUCUUCAAGCUCAACAAAAAACAAGCAAGAGAUGUUUCCUGUAUUGCAAUGGCUUUGUAGAAGAAUUCUGCUGUGGUGUUCAUGCUGUUGGCCCAUCAUCAUAUUGGCAACGAUCUGGUCAACUAACUGGAACUUUGGAUGCCUUUGCUAAAAUAACUAGAACUGAGGGCGUAAGAUCCUUAUGGAGUGGACUCCCACCAACACUUGUAAUGGCUGUGCCUGGUACUGUUGCUUAUUAUACAAUGUAUGAUCAAAUUCUUUACUCUAUGAAGGCUCAAUGUCAAUGGUCUAAACAGCCUUUGUGGUUACCGGCUGUUGCUGGUGGAUUUGCCAGAGUUUUUGCGGCAACUUUAGUCAGUCCUAUAGAGUUGGUUAGAACUAAGAUGCAGUCACAGAAAAUUAGUUAUAAUGAAAUUAGUGUAGCUAUCAGGAAUCAAAUUUCUAAUCAAGGGCUCCGUUCCAUGUGGCAAGGUCUCGGACCAACAGUAUUGAGAGAUGUUCCAUUUUCUUGUAUAUAUUGGUUUCACUAUGAACUCUUAAAAGAACAUUUCAACCAACGAGACCCCACAUUUUGGUUUAGUUUUACAGCUGGUGCAAUUUCAGGAAGUAUUGCUGCUUUAAUGACUGUUCCAUUUGAUGUGAUCAAAACGCAUCGUCAAAUUGAACUUGGAGAAGCUAGUACACAUUCCAGAUCUCAUUCAACUUCUACUUAUAAUUUAAUGAAGACUUUGUACCAAUCUAAUGGCUAUAAAUCUCUCUUUGCUGGUAUUGUUCCCCGUCUAACUAAAGUUGCUCCUGGGUGUGCUAUCAUGAUCAGCAGUUAUGAAUAUGGCAAACAAUUUUUUCACAACUACAAUGCUACCAAAUCAACUAAUCUGUCUUUCAGUUGUCUCGAAAAACUUUAAGUGCAAUUUUGAAUCACGCCUUUGCAAAUAGUGCUUCCAUAAUCACAUAUCUUGAUUAUAAAACUUAUUCUAUUGGUAAUAAUUUGCAUUUUUCUCAUGUCAGACUGAGACAUAUUUUAUUCAGCCAGAAUAUUGUCUCUUGCAUUAUAUUCUAUAAACUAGUUGCUGUUACAUGGAUUAUAAAAAGUUUAAACCAUAGAUCUUUAAAAUUCUUUGCAGUUUAUGAAGCCCAUUUUUGAAUUUGUGUUCCGAUAGUCAUUUCUGUUUUAUGAAUUGUAAAUAUGUAAGAUCUGACUCUUUAUAUAGUAAAGAAAUUUUUAUAUUA